AUGGGAGACAAUAGAAGAAUCCCCAAAACGGCGGCAGUACAAAUUAAUUGUAGAGGGGAGGCCAGUUACGCGGAGACAAUGCGAAUAGCUAAAUCAAAUGUGGAUAUAGACAUGUUAGGCAUUCAAGAGAUCAGACCGAGGAAAACUAGGACUGGAGCUCUACUACUAGAAAUACCUGGAGUAGAUGGGGCAAAGAAGGCAAAUAUGCUGGCGGACAGACUGAAGGAGGUUCUUAAAGAACAGGAAAACGUUAUGAUAUCCAGACCAGAGAAAACGGCAGAAAUAAGAAUUAGAGAUUUAGAGGAGUCAGUCUCAAAAGAAGACAUGUUGUAA